GGGUGAAGCAGUUGAGCAUUUGGCGAGAACGGAGCAGAACGGCAAACCAUGGGCAACAACUCCUCGCGAGGCCGAAGCAGCAGUGCGGGCGGUACCAGCAGCAUCAGUUGCGCCAAUGGCCCCGCGAGAGUCUCUGCAUCCAAGAUAGUGUUGCUUUCCACGGCCAAGUCCAGUCCAACUUACGAUGGGGACAACUUUACUCGACCAACGGGCUUGUACAAAUCCUGCAGCUGGGAGCACAAAGCGGUGCGGAGAUUGGUGCUGGAGCGCAAGAUUGCACCACGGUACCCUGGCAGCGACGCUGCUACCGCCAACUCGUACGAGUGCCCGAUCUGUUUUUUGUAUUACCCCAGCACGUUGAACCAGAGUAGUUGCUGCAAAGAAGCGAUCUGCACGGAGUGCUUGCUCCAGACCAAACCACCAGGGAAACGCGUGUGCUGUCCUUUUUGCCAUUCGGACAACUUCCGAACGAAUUUCACGGUGGGGUCCACGGGGACGUUGAAGUCUAUCCUGCGAUCGGACUCGGAUUGCACGGAGGUCAGCAGCCCAGAAGCAUCCAUACUGCACGACGAUGACAUCGAAGUCCCUUUUGCGUCCGUGGCCGACAGGAAGAAACUCCAAGACGAACUGUCAGCCCAAGUAGGCAUCGCGCGCGCCUCGUCCAUGCCAAACCAUCGCUCGACAACUUUCACAGCGUUUCUGUCGGGAGGCGACUCGGAUGUCUCGACAUCAUGCUUGGAGGACAUGAUGCUCUUGGAGGCGAUUCGCAGAUCCAUGGCGGAUUGCGCUAUGCAACCUCCAAAACGGCACGACCAAAGACAAACCAUCGCACAUGGCAGCCGCAACUUGACUCCGUCCGCCGCGCCGUCGGCAGCCAGUUGAAUGUUCCCAUGCUGUGAUUCGUGUGAUAACAUGUGCAUAUUUAUGACAUGCAACUAUUUG